AUGCUCGCUAAGUCCGAACCUCCUACUCAGCUUCGGUUUGUUGACAAGCCUCAGCUUCGGAGCUUCGUUUAUUCAAACUCUUUCAUCUUUCACCAUAACUCAUGGUUGAAAGGCUUGUCGGAACCAGUUCAUAGCUCGGACUCGACUACUCCUCACUGUCACUGCUUCAUGAACCCUAAUUCCCUUUCUCUUCUCUUCUCUUUGCUUUCGAUCUCUCUCUCCGCGAUUCAGUGA